GCUUGAUUUGUUUUUAUAUAUUGAAUUUAUCUCUUAUCACCGUUGAAAAAAUUGUUCAUCAAUAAAUAAUAACAAAAAAAAAUAAAGAAAAUGUCAACAGGGAACUCGCAAGUUAAAGCUAAGACUCCAGCUAAGACUUCAGCUAAAACUCCAGCCAAAAUACCAGCCAAAACUCCAGCUGAAGUCUGGGUCUUAUCGAUGUUUUUUUCUCCAUAUAAAGCUGUUGAAUAUUCAAUUGAAUGUCGCUGCUUUGUCUCCAAGAAACUAGCUCAAGAAGCAAUGAGAAGAGAAGCACGACGAAUAUACAAAAAUUCAGAUUGUAUUCAAAAAGCUAGAAACAAAUACUAUAGGGAGCACGAAACGGAAAUACACUUUAGCGAAAGCGAAAAUGGACCUGAUUAUAAUAGAAAGUUUAGUUAUUGUGAAAUUAAAUCUGCAAAAUUGGAAGACAAAGAAAGUGGAGAUGAAGUACCUUCAAGUACAGAUGAAGAUAGCGAUGAAUAUUGAAUAAGCUUAUAUACGUAAAAUUUUACAGCAUAGUUGCUAAAGUUGCUCAUCAGUUACGCAAUACUCACAUUUACAGUAUAUAACAAAGCACUAAAGAAAAAUAUUGUAAUGAUAAAUUUCUUAUUAAAAUAAAGUUCACUCAAUUGUAAACCACCGGUUAAUAUAAUCACAU